CGCCUACUAGCAGGGAUUCACUGUAAACCUAUCGAUCUGCUGGAUCAUCUACCCCUUAACCAAAAUACCAUGCGGACUGUUUGAAGCCCUACUAUUCCCCAUCAAUCCACCAUGGCAUCUAUUUCCGUUGGGGAAAAUCAGCUGCAGAGGAUCAUCAGAGAUCUUCAUGAUGCUGUGGCUGAGCUUAGUAAGGAGCACAGGGAGACAGGAGAGCCCGUCACAGACGACAGCUCCAGCCUACAAAAGUUCUCCUACAAACUGGAGUACCUGCUGCAGUUUGACCAGAAAGAGAAGACAACUUUUCUCGGCAUCAGGAAAGACUACUGGGAUUAUUUCUGUGACUGUUUGGCAAAGUUAAAAGGAGCUAAUGACGGCAUCCGCUUUGUCAAGUCUAUCCCUGAGCUCAAAACCUCGCUGGGAAAAGGUCGAGCCUUCAUCCGCUACUCGUUGGUGCACCAGAGGUUAGCUGAUACCCUGCAGCAAUGUCUGAUGAACCACAAAGUCACCAGUGAGUGGUAUUACGCUCGCAGUCCGUUCCUGAAGUCUCAUCUGAGCAUUGACAUCAUCAACCACCUGUACGAGCUCAAUGAGAUCCAGUUCGAUGUGGCUUCCAGGGGUCACGAUCUAGACUCUGAUUGGCCCACAUUUGCCAGGAGGACGCUUGGGACAGGUGUGUCCACGUCGCACCUGUGGAGACCACCCAGUCGCUGCUCCAGUGUCAACAGCUUGGUCAGCAACUACUCACAGUCCCUACAUCAGCCUGCGGAGUUCCUCCCUGGGCCCGACUUCAGCCCGUGCCUGCUGGGGGAGCUGAGCGAGCUGGGUCACCUGUCCAGCUGCAGCGCGGCCGACGACCUGCGCGUGGAGCUCGACCAGUCGGAGCUGCGGCAGCAAGAGCUCCUGGAGCGCGUGCGCCUGCUCACCAAGGAGGCCGGCGACCUGCGCUCAGUCAUCCGCAGCCUCGAGGGCCAGUUGUCUGCCACGGGGAGCGCCGGGCAGAAGAAGCAGCAGCCGCAGUGUGGAGCCGGAGCGGUCAGCGGUCAACAGGAGGUCGCACAGAACCAGCAGGCGGAGGAGGCGAAAGCCAACGGGGAGUUUUCCAACCACGUCCAGGCCGACGACGCGUCCGACAGCGACCUGCAGGCCAAGCUGAGCGUCGCCGAGAAGAGGAACAUGGAGCUCCUGGCCAAGCUGGACGGGGCGCUGACCGAGAAGAGCCAGCAGGCGGCCAGCUACUGCGACUCGGCCUGGAAGAUCCAGGAGCUGCUGGCCAAGCUGAAGGAGGCGGAGGCGGAGCGUCUGGAGGCGCGGCGGCGGCUGGCGGCGGCCGAGGAGGAGCGGGCCGGAGCGCUGCGGCAGGCCGAGGAGCUGCGCGCGGCGGUGGGCCGCCUCCAGGGGUCGCUGUCGCUCAAGGAGCGCGAGACGGGCAACCUGCGCACGCAGCUGCAGGACCUGCAGGGGGCGCUGGAGGACAAGAACCAGAGCCUGAGGGACGAGGGGGUCAAGGGUCGCGACGGCCAGAGCGAGACUGCCGCCGCUGCCGCCGGGGUUAAGAAGGACCCCGCGGCCAAGAAGGUGGAGGACUACAAGGCCCAGUGCACCACGCUGAUGGAGCUCAACGCCAAGCUGCUGCAGACGGUCAAGCGCAACGAGGAGAGCACGCGCGAGCUGGCCCAGGCCCGGCAGGCGGCCGAGCGGGAGCUGAGCGCCCUGCGCGCCUCCGAGGCCCAGCUCCGCACCCGGCUGGAGGCGGCGCAGAUGCCCGCGGAGGAGCGCGAGAGGAAGCUGCUGGAGGAGAACCGGCGGCUGGAGGAGAGCGCCCAGCAGGCCCUGGCCCGGGCCGAGGAGGCCGAGGGGGAGGCGCGGAAGCUGGAGAGGGAGCGCGAGGAGCGCAGGGAGGAGCACGCCGAGGCCAGGGAGCGGCUGGCGUCGGCGCGGGAGGAGCUGAGCGCCCUCACGGCACGCACCGCCCGGCUGGAGGAGCGGCGCGCCACCUCCGAGGAGAAGCAGGAGCAGCUGCGGCGGCAGCUGGAGGAGGCGGAGAGCAGGAGCAGGAGCGGCGAGGAGGCAGGCGAGGGGGAGGCCGGGGCGGCGGCGGCGGUGGUGUCCAGGCUGGCCCUGGCCGAGGCCCAGCGGGAGCUGCAGGCGCGGGAGGCGCUGCGCCUCCAGGAGGAGGCGCAGGGGCUGCGCGCCCAGCUGCAGCAGAGCACGGAGGAGCGGCUGAAGACGCAGGCGCUGCAGGAGGUGACGGAGGCGUCGCGCGAGGACCUGCGCGCCCAGGCGCAGCAGCUCAAGGCCCAGGUGGAGGAGAUGAACCGCCGCCACGUGGACGAGCUGCUGCGGGGGCGCGAGCGCGAGGAGGCGCUGGCCGGCGAGCGGGAGCGGGAGGCCCAGGCCCUGCGGGAGGAGCGCGGCGCCCUGAAGCGGCGGCUGGACGCGCUGGCGGCGGAGAACGCGGAGGCGCGCGAGGCCCUGCACCGGGCCAACACCGAGACGGCCGAGCUGGGCGUGCACGUGUGCGCGCUCACCGGGCAGAACGAGGAGGCGCGGCGCCGCUGGGAGGCGCUCUCCGAGCGGCUACGGCAGAUGGAGGAGGAGGCGGCCGCCGAGGCGCGCGGACUCAACGCCAGCCUCAAGGCCCUGCGGGAGGAGAACGGCAGGCUGCAGGAGGAGCUGAGGCAGGCGCAGGCGCUCCCCGCCGGGCUGCAGGAGGAGCAGGGCAGCCUGGAGGAGACGCGCAGGAGGCUCCAGAGUCUGCAGGAGGAGAGCCAGAGGGAGAUCCAGGAGCUCAAGCUCCAGCUGAGCAGCGGCGGCGUGCAGCACGAGGCCAAGCUCCAGAGUGUUACAGAGGAGCUUGAGAGUGUCAAGUCCCAACUGGAGACUGCACAGCAGCAGGUUUCACUUCUCCAAGGCAAGCUGAAGGAAGUGGAGACAGUAAACCAGACCAACGGUCAGUCACUUGAGGAGGGAAACGCCCCCGUUGCCAACACCCAGAGUGUUCUUCAUCAGAAAGAGGAAGAAGUGAGGAAACUGAAAGGAGAUUUGUCCAAUGCGGAGGAGCAGCUGGCGUUGGCCCAGAAGGCCUGUCAGGACCUGAGUGAGAGCCUGCGCCGCACCACCGUGGAGAAGCAGACCAGCGAUCUCAAGACGUCGGCCGAGAUCGACGACCUGUACCGCACCAAGAGGAACCUGGAGGAGAGGCUCAUCGAGCUCAUCAGGGAUAAAGAUGCACUGUGGCAGAAGUCGGACGCGCUGGAGUUUGAGCAGAAGCUGCGUGAGGAGGAGCAGACGGACCGGGAGCUGAGCCACUGCCUGGGCUGCCACAGCCAGUUCAGCUGGUGGCUCCGCAAACACAACUGCAGGCUGUGUGGGCGGGCCUUCUGCUACUACUGCUGCAGCAACACGGUGAGCACGCAGCAGGGGGGCACGCGCGAGCGCUGCUGCAAGGACUGCUACACGCAGCACAGCGCCGUGGUGGAGCGCCACCCGCAGGAGGAGAUGGGCACGCCGCCCUACCCGCCCUUCAACCCCCUCACCCCACCCAGCUCCGCCGUGCCCGCCGUCAGAGUGGCCGAGCCGUCCCCCAGGGCCCCCGAUGACGGCGUGUUUGACAUCAUCACGGAGGAGGAGGUGAACUGCAUCUACGACAACGACUCCCUCUCUGCCUGCACCUCGGGGACUGCACCACAGGGGGCAGAAACGUUGAACAGCAGCACCAGUGCCGGUGACGCCACCACUGAGGAACCAGAAGAGAUUAUCGCCACUGUGCAGGACUCUGAGCUGUGCCUGCUCAAGUCUGGAGAGCUCACAUUGUCGGUGCCCUUUGGUGUGGACGACAUCGCCCAGUUUGGAGACGAGUUUCGGGAGCUGUUUGUCAAGUCCAGCUGCUACAGCAUCAUCCCCAUUGCUGUGGGCAGCGCUGGCCCCACCAUCAGUUGGGUGUUCUCCUCCGAGCCCAAGAGCAUCUCCUUCAGCAUGGUGUACAGAGACAACACCGACAUCCCCCUGGAGCAGGGCAAGGUGAUGAUCCCUUUGACGAGAUGCAACUCUCACAAGGAGACCAUCCAGGGGCAGCUGAAGGUGCGAAACCCUGGCGAGUACACCCUCAUCUUUGACAACUCCUUCUCCAGGUUCAUCUCAAAGAAAGUGCUUUAUCGCCUGUCUGUGGAGAAGCCGGUGGUGUACGACGGCAGCGACUGCCCUUAAACACGCGCACAGAACCCUCGACCUCCAGAUGUGUCCGUGCGCAUGCUUGUGCGUGUACGACGGUCACACAGACAGACAGACGGCAGCAGGUCUGGGAGCUGCUGCCCUCGGGUUUGUGUGGCACCUGCCAAGACAAAGAAUGGUUCCUGAAUGUGUGUUACUGUAGUGAAUUCAGUAGUGGCCAGAGGAUGGAUUUCAGGGUAGAACUCUCCAGAACAGCAGAACGUUCUCCUGUGGAACCUCCCUGUCUAGAACCCAAAGACUAGAGCAGUAACCCAAAGCCACAUGUGCAUACGGUACUUGGGAAAGAUGUAGUCUUGACAGAUGAGAGAAAGUGGAAUUGAGCAUUAUCUCCAAUUGGACAUACAGUAAUGGUCAAUUCCACUCUCUCACAGAUGAUGAUGAUUAUUAUUAUAGGAAGCUCUCCUAUAUUUAUCUCUUUUCGAGAGCCUGUUUCAUAGGAAAUCUGCUAAGUUUGGAAUGAUGUGUUACAUAGUUUGUAUUUUUGGUGAAAUAGUUUGUUUUUAAAGGUCAGGUUGUGUCAAAAGAUAUAUAAAGGAACAGAGGUACACAACAGAAUAGAGAAACUUAUCUAUGGUAUGAUAUUGCACAAAACUGUUUUUCUAAAAACAAGAAGUUGAAUUUUUUUUCUAAUUUCCACUGACAGCUUGAAGCCUUUUGAAGAGAACACAAUUUUUUUGUCUUAUUGUAGGAAUGUUUCAAGAUUGAUUCUUACCAAGUCAGCCUUGACUGUCAAAUAUUUAUAAUGACUUAUGAAAUGCCAACUCUUAUCUUUCAUACUUGAUGGCGAGAGUUUAGAAAACCAAUGUGAAGGACUGUUUCAAGUGAACGCUCGAAUUGCAUAGCAUGUCAAACCUAUGUAAACAAGAUAAGCUAUUCCUUGUGGUGACUGGAAAUAAUGCAUGUAUGCAUUGUGGCUGUCAUCUCUCAAACGGUAUUGUGUAAUACCAUCACUUUUUAAACUGAAAUGAUUCUGUACUGAUCAAUCAUUUUAAUAGGCUAAGUAAGGUUAGAGGAGUGAGUGUAUGUAUCAGUACCCUCAUUCCCCCUUCUCUCAGAUAGGACUGGACUCUGCCAGAUCGUGGCCAGACCUGUGCCAGUUGACCACAUAUCUCCAGUCUGGUGGCUCUCGUGUAGCUAAUGGAGACCGAUGGUUGUGUUUCGUACCCCUUGAAACAUGGCCAUCCUAACUAAAAGAGAGAGUGCUCAAAGGAAUUGCACCCUGUCGCUUACAGAUGGCCAUUGCACAGUUCUUUUUGGAGAUACAUUGUUGGCCAAUAGGAAACACUCCCAGACUUGGCAGUGGUGUUGUUGGCUGGUUCUCCAUAAUCAAAUGCAGGCGGUUUUCCAGACCUCUAAUAUCAUUUCUACAUUGAACACAUUUUUUUGUAUCCAUUGAAAUACAAGAACUUUUUUUUUUCUCUCAGCUGCUGAAAUUCUCAGUGUGGAUUCAUCUCAGUGCAAAUGAUGAAUGUCUUUUAUUAUUACUUUUUUUCUGUAAAAGAGAAAGAGUCCUGCAGCCUUUAGUAAUCAUGCACUUUUUGAAUGUCCAUUUUUCCAAACUGACCGCAGGCAUUGCCAUCAGCUGCACUGAGUUGAUUGCUCCAGAUUGUUGCCUAUGGUGGUUUCAAUGUACACUUCAAAGCAAGAAGAACCCUGUCUGUCAGCCACUGCUCUGGACUGAAGAAGAUUUCAAGUGAACCUUGUGAAUGUGAUUACAUCAGUAGUAUGGUGUGGUACUUUUUUUUCUGUUUUCAUUUUUCAUUUGACUUUUUUUGCUGUGAGAUCUGAAUGUACUGUACUGUACUGUGAUGUACUGUAUGAGUCUUCAAUGAACGGACUGUCCUAAAUGUA